CGUGGUAAAAAUGGCGGCGCAAAAUUCCGUGCCGAGUGAUCUUUACAAGCAUGUAUAUUCAUUUCUACUAGAGAACAAGUUUACCAAGGCUGCUCAACAGUUCAUCAAAGAAGCGAAAGUGCCACCCCAGAAUGAAAAACAAGAUGCCGCUCUGCUUGACAUAUUCAACUUCUGGGUGAAGUCUCCUGAAGCUAAGAAACGGAAGGCGCUGCCCAACGGUCCUGGAACAAGUGACAGGCCGUCUGCUAAGAAGGCAAAGACUGCGGAGAGCUCCAGUGAGGAGUCGAGCAGUGAUGAGGAGGAAGCUGCAGCACCUGCCAAGGCCACACCCACAGCUAAAGCGGCCGAGUCCAGCAGUAGUGAUGAUUCCAGUGAUGAGGAGGCCGCAGCAAAGAAGCCUGCAGCAGCCAAAGCCCCAGUGAGGACUCCUGUAGUGGCAGCAGCCAAAGCCCCAGUGAGGACUCCUGUAGUGGCAGCAGCCAGGAAAAAGGACUCCAGCUCUAGCAGCGAGUCAUCUGAAGAUGAGGCUCCAGCUAAAGCCCCUGUAGCUAAAGGAAAGGCGGCAGCCGCGACCCCUAAGGCGGCCGCGACCCCUAAGGCAGGGACGACUGCCAAAGCUGCAGCUCAGAAGAAGGCUGAGACCAGCAGCAGUGAGGACAGCUCCAGUGAAGACGAAGCGCCCACUAAGACCCCUCCAGCCAAGACCCCUCCAGCCAAGACCCCUCCAGCCAAGACCCCUCCAGCUAAGACAGUCGAGUCUAGCAGCGAUGACUCUUCUUCAGAUGAAGAGGAGUCUCCUCCCAGCAAGAAGGCCAAACCAGGUGCAUACAGUGCAGUCCCACCCCCUGGAGCUGCAGUAAAGAAGGCCUUGGUUCCUACAGUGGCCAGCAAGGCCAAAAAGGACCGCUCCUCAGACAGCAAGCAGGAGAAGAAAGUGUCAGCUAAAGCAGUCCCUGUGACGUCUACCCCAGCAAAGACUGUGACCCCUAAACCUGCUGCUAAGAAGGCCGAGUCUAGCUCUGAGAGCUCAGACUCUAGCUCUGAAGAUGAAGAAGAAGCAAAAAAGGCAGCAGCUAAGGCUACCCCGGCUAAGGCUACCCCGGCUAAGGCUACCCCGGCUAAGGCUACCCCGGCUAAGGCUGCCCCGUCAGAAGAUUCUUCCUCGGACUCGAGCUCAGAGGAUGAAGAAGAGGGGACAGUGAAAGUGGCACCAGCUAAGGCGACUCCUACGGUGACCCCAGGCAAGGCUGCAGAAUCCUCCUCUGACUCAAGCUCAGAAGAUGAGAAAGAAGCUAAGAAGCCUGUUGCCAAGGCCACUCCUGCCAAGGCCACUCCUGCCAAGGCCACUCCUGCCAAGGCCACUCCUGCCAAGGCCACUCCUGCCAAGGCCACUCCUGCCAAGGCUGCCCCUGCUAAGAAAGCCGACUCGUCAAGCUCAGACUCCGACAGCAGCUCUGAGGACGAGGCCCCAGCCAAGGCUGCUGGAGCUACCAAGAAACCUGCAGCAGCCCCCAAGGCCCCAGCCAAGGCUGCUGCAGCUACCAAGAAACCUGCAGCAGCCCCCAAGGCCCCAGCCAAGGCUGCUGCAGCUACCAAGAAACCUGCAGCAGCCCCCAAGGCCCCAGCCAAGGCUGCUGCAGAAAGCAGCUCAGACUCCGACUCUUCAUCUGAAGAUGAGGCUCCAGCUAAGAAGGCUACCCCGGCCCCUGUUACUAAACCAGCCUCCAAACCCGCCACCCCAGUAGUUAAACCAGCUGCUGCAGAAAGUAGCUCGGACUCCGACUCUUCUGAAGAUGAGGCUCCAGCUAAGAAGGCUACCCCGGCCCCUGUUACUAAACCAGCCUCCAAACCCGCCACCCCAGUUGUUAAACCAGCUGCUGCAGAAAGUAGCUCGGACUCCGACUCUUCUGAAGAUGAGGCUCCAGCUAAGAAGGCUACCCCAGCCCCUGUUACUAAACCAGCCUCCAAACCAGCCACCCCAGUUGUUAAACCAGCUGCUGCAGAAAGCAGCUCGGACUCCGACUCUUCAUCUGAAGAUGAGGCUCCAGCUAAGAAGGCUACCCCGGCCCCUGUUACUAAACCAGCCUCCAAACCCGCCACCCCAGUAGUUAAACCAGCUGCUGCAGAAAGCAGCUCGGACUCCGACUCUUCAUCUGAAGAUGAGGCUCCAGCUAAGAAGGCUACCCCGGCCCCUGUUACUAAACCAGCCUCCAAACCAGCCACCCCAGUAGUUAAACCAGCUGCUGCAGAAAGUAGCUCGGACUCCGACUCUUCAUCUGAAGAUGAGGCUCCAGCUAAGAAGGCUACCCCAGCCCCUGUUACUAAACCAGCCUCCAAACCAGCCACCCCCGUGGUGAACAAACUAGCCCCAACCAAGGCCGCAGCCAAGAGCACCUCCGAUUCUGACAGCGACAGCUCGGACUCAGAGGACGAGGUCGCUGCAGCCAAAAAGACCACCAAACCUACAGCCGCAGCCAAGACUCCUGCUUCAGCCAAGACUCCUGCUUCAGCCAAGACUCCUGCUUCAGCCAAGACUCCUGCUUCAGCCAAGACUCCUGCUUCAGCCAAAGCUGCCGAGUCCAGCAGCAGUGACGACAGCUCUAGUGAUGAGGAAGAAGCAGCUACCCCAGCCUCGACUAAGAAGGCAGCUACCCCAGCCUCGACUAAGAAGGCAGCUACCCCAGCCUCGACUAAGAAGGCAGCUACCCCAGCCUCGACUAAGAAGGCAGCUACCCCAGCCUCGACUAAGAAGGCAGCUACCCCAGCCUCGACUAAGAAGGCAGCUACCCCAGCCUCGACUAAGAAGGCAGCUACCCCAGCCUCGACUAAGAAGGCAGCUACCCCAGCCUCGACUAAGAAGGCAGCAACCCCAGCCUCGACUAAGAAGGCAGCAGAAUCCACCUCCGACUCCUCCGAUAGUUCUGACUCGGAUACGGAAACCAAGACGACGCCUGCUAAGCCUGCUCUGACCAAUGGGAAGCCAGCUACACCUAAAGCCUCCACCCCUGCUGCCAAGGCAACGACACCGGCUAAGGCUGCCGAGUCUUCAUCGUCCCAGGACAGUAGCUCUGAGGAAGAGGAGGCGAAAGCAGUCGCCACUCCCAUCACUAACGGCACGGUAAACAACAAGAGAAAGAGGGAUGGAGAAGACUCGUCUUCUGAGAGCGAGGAAGAGGAAGUAACGACUCCUAAAAACAAGAAAGUAGUACCAUCACCACAGACUUUCCCCAAAGUCUCUAAGAAGAUCAAUGUACCUUUCCGUAGAAUAGUAGAGGAGGACAUUGAGGUGGACAACCGUCUGGCGGACAACUCCUUCGAUGCCAAGCGCGGGGCAAAUGGAGACUGGGGCCAGAGGGCCAAUGACGUGCUCCGCUUCACCAAGGGGAAGUCCUUCCGCCACGAGAAGACCAAGAAGAAGAGGGGAAGCUACCGUGGAGGAGCCAUCUCCCAGUCCGUCAACUCCAUCAGGUUCGACAGCGACUGAGAACCUGGUCAUCGUCAUCAUCAUCACCCCUCUUCAUCCUGCCGCUUGACCCCCCCCCCCCCCCCCCCCCCAACCUGAUUGAGCCGAAACAUCAUCAACUGAACUACCGACAGCUGACAGCUGGCUUCCUAUAAUUUUAGUUCAUAAGUCAAUGUGUUAAACCUAAAGGCUUUUUUUAUGGUGUAGAAGAAGACACAAGUGGUCCUGAAAUGGCACCUUAUUCGUUUUGUCGUGCAGUACUGUUGAUCUGAUCUAAAGCAGUGCACUAUAUAGGUAAUAGUGUGCUAUUUAGGAUGCAGAGGGGGGGAGGAGUGGUCUGACUGUCUCUGUGCCUUCAACGUGGUACAGAUUACUAAAGGGUUAAUGUCCUUAGGCUGCAUUUACAACAUAUAGCCACCAGGUGGCGGUAGGAAGCCAACCAAUUCUGUGUUAACCAAUUUAAAAGUGUAAACUGUUCUCAGAUUUAUUUUUCUCUCAGCCAUUAAUCUGUUGUAAUAUUGUUCGCCCGGUAUCUUCCCCCUCCUUCUGUCCAGUGUCUUUUCAGUAUCAACAUUUUUGAAAUUCUCUGUUGUUUUAUCGCUGUGUGCAUUGUCAGACACAUUGCGGGGUUACUUGAUUUUUGUGCAGACCUGGGAGUUGAAUGAUAAGAAUCUCAUGUGUUGCCGUCUCCCAACACCUUGGUAAGUAUUCAACCACUGCAAUGUAAACUGUCUGGAACGUGUCCGUCCUUUUUUAUAUUUUCUGCAGUCUCAUGUAGAACCCCAUCACGGUUCAGAUAUGAAGGUUUUAUAUUUAACCGUUUUAAGCCGGGAAGUAUUGAGGAUCAUCCAACUGUCAUUACGAGCUCUGUAGUCUUGAAGUAACUGCCCGGGGUCAUGUUUAGUAUACCAUAACAAAACCGUUUGGAAACAGGAAAACACACUUAUUGUACAAGUUCAGGUAGUGCCUACCUUUUCACUCAGUUAUAAAACGUUUUCUUCAUCCCCCCCCCCCCCCCCCCCCUCUACUGAACAGGAUCUGGCUGCGUCUGAAAUGGCACUCUAAAGUAGUGCACUAUACAGGGAAUAGGGUUCCAUUUCAGAUGUCAUCCUGGUGUUUAUUCCUGCUGAUGUGAGACUGCCCUCUGUUGGUCUGCUGGGUGGUUCAUCAUUGGCUACUGAGGUACUUCUCUUGGCCCAGCAGCUUGAUUGACAGCCAGAACAGCUAACCUCAAGUUUUAAUUUUGUGAAUUUCAAUUUCCUGUUUCUACUCGAAUGUAAACCCCUUUUCUUAUUGAGUCUUGUUUAUUACCUGAAUAAAAUACUUUGUGUCCCAAUUUCCUUUCUCCCUGCACAUUUAAAAGCAGUAUAGCAGUUCAUUUCCUUUGACUUGUGAAGUAGAUGAGAUCGUGCAACUUCUUGGAGGAUAACGGAACUAAAUAAAGGAAACUUGUUUAAAAAUACAACCAAACAUGU